AUGGACGGACCAUCAGCAAAAAAAUCUACAUCUUUUGAGAGCUUAGUGAUUCAAAACAUUGAAAACGUGAAUGAUUUAAAAGCAAAACUGAAUGAAAUUAUUUCGUCUGGGAAAGAUUACGAAUACGACGUCUCAUCUUGUCUUAAAGCUUUAUUGAAAAGCAGUGACCAAGCUAUAGUGUUACUUGCUGUACAAGCAAUAUCAGAAGUUGUGAAAUGUGAGAUUAAGAGAGAAACUUACGCACAGAGAGAUAUUAUUGAGCCUAUUUUGUCUUUGUUAAAUAAGGAAAUAACAAUAGAAAAGAUAGAUCUAGUAAAACAGUGCUGUAGAGCCUUGGGUAAUUUGUGCUGUGAUUGUGACACAUCUAGGAAGUUAUUGCUUGAGAUUAACGGUGUAGAAAUACUUCAUAAAAUAUUGGAGAUGAGUAUAAAAGACAAAAUGUCUUUGGAUGAAAUAAAGUUACUUACAUGUAAAACAUUGUUGAAUUAUGCUAUUGGGGGUCAAGAAUUUUCUGAUUCAUUAGUCAAAGAUGAUAUAAUAAAAUGUGUGAAGCAAAUAUUGUGUUCUGAAUCAGAAAAAGAGUACAUGGAAGAUGAUUUAGUUUGCACUGCAUUAUUAAUGUUAAGUGUAAUUAAUGAUAAUGAUGCAGAGUUGUUGUAUGAAUCUGAUGUGAAUCUUGCAGUACUUCAUGUAUUGAAGGAAACAGCUAGUGUUGAAGUUUCUGAGUUAUGCUUAGAACAUUUGCACACUCAAGCUGAACAUGAUUCAGUUAAAACUCUAUUGGCAAAAGAAGGUGGAGUCAAUUUAGUUUGCCUCCGUUUAGAGCAAUUAGUGCAGAGAAAUGACGAAGGAGAUAUGAACACAGAUGAUAGUGAAGUGAUGGCUGUGAUGAAGCAAGCUUGUGACCUUGUGAUUAUAGUGCUGACUGGUGAUGAGGCAAUGGAUAUCUUGUAUAAGAAUGGUGUAGGCGAAGUGUAUUUGACUAUGGUGAAGUGGCUGGACUCGACCAACUACCAGUUGCUGGCUACUGCCGUGUUGGCUAUAGGGAAUUUUGCAAGGCGAGACGAUUAUUGUACUCAGAUGAUGGAGAAUAAAAUAUUUGAUAAAUUGCUUGAUAUAUUUGAACUAUAUCAUGGCUUCAGUGUUAGAAUGCAGAGAAAUGAGGACCAAAUACAUCCUAUCGAUAAAGGAACUGUUACAAAGAUCCAGCAUGCCUCGCUAUCUGCCUUGAGAAACCUCACAGUUCCCGCUGCAAAUAAGAGGAUAGCUGCAGCACAAGGGAGGGCUGCACCGAUUUUGAUAAACGCUCUACCCAAUGUGGAUGAUCACCAUGUAGCGUACAAGCUACUGGCGGCCAUUCGGAUGCUAUUGGAUGGACAAGAGGGCGUGGCGCGGCAGCUGUGCGCGCACGCGGGCGCGCUGGCGGGCGCGGCGCGCUGGGGCGGGGCGGGGCACGCGGGCGCGGCGGGCGAGGCGCCGCGCCUGCUGGCGUGGACCGCGCGCCGUCUGCCCGCCGGCUGCCGCGCGCUCGUGCAGGUAGAAGGCUGCGUCUCCAGCCUAGUCAACAUGUUAGUUGCGUCUCACUCUGUUAUGCAGAACGAGGCUAUUCUCGCUCUCACUCUUCUCGCAAUACACGAACAACUCUCAGACAAACUUGUCUCCCAACUGCUCUCCUCAGAAAUAGGUAAGCAUAUAUCAGUUCUUAUAGAGACAAACUGCGCCAAAAUGCCGGUGGAAGUUGCGGAAAAUUUACUAGCUUUUCUGGAUAUAACCUGCAAGAAUAAUACGAUCGUUUGCGAUUAUAAAGAGGCGAAGGUAAAUGAAGCUUUGCAGAAGUUUGUGAGAGCAAGGAUUAAUCUGAGCAACGAAAUGAAAUUGUGUAUUAAUAAUAUUAUUUCUAUUAUUGAUGAUAAAAGAGCA